ACGGACUCGCCCCUGCUGGUCUACGAAUUAAAAUUCAUUAUCUCUACGAUAGCCGCGCAACGUUCGUGCGAAACAGCCCCAACGGCAUAUUAUUCGCGACGCGGUUAUUCUUUCCCCAUCGUCAGGUGGCUCAGGUUUUAUUCCCGUACACACCACGUUUCCGGCGAGAUGAACUACGGCAGCAAGACGACGUUUAUGGGCUUCGACACGGACAAACGUAGAUUGCCACUGUUUAAGAGGAUCGUGUUGUACGCCUAUGACAAGGACAAUGGCGAAAUAUUCGGACGUACGCCGUCCAGUUGGGCUCAAGUUGGAAUAUUUUAUACGGGAUUAUAUUUGUCACUUAUUGCUAUGUUUGGAGUAGUUUUGUGGGUUUUCUUCCAAACUCUUGAUCCACGUACUCCAACUAGACAACUUGAGCAUUCACUAAUUGGAACAAAUCCAGGUUUAGGAUUCAGACCUAUGUCUAAUGAAACUCAUAGUACUCUAAUCCAUAUCAAUAGUAAAUCUGUUGAAGACUAUUCAGUAUGGAUGGAUAGACUUGUCCAAUUUUUAGAUGUGUACAAAAAACCCGGUUUGACUCCAGGAAGAGGACAAAAUAUUGCUACAUGUAACUAUAAUCAACCUCCUGGCAAAGGAAAAGUUUGUGAUGUUGAUGUAAAAGCAUUUGAUACUUGUACUGAAGAACAGCGUUUCAACUUUCAUCGACAAGGACCUUGUAUUUUUCUUAAAUUAAAUAAAAUUUAUGGUUGGAACCCAAUAUUUUAUGAUGAUCCUAAUGAUCUUCCCCAUGAUAUGCCAAAAGAUUUAAAAGAACGAAUUAAACAAAUAACUAAUCCAGAAGAGUUAAGAACUGUUUGGGUGUCAUGUGAAGGUGAAACUGUUUCUGACAAAGAGCUAAUUGGUCCGAUGUCCUACUGGCCCAUUCCAGGAUUUCCAGGUUAUUUUUUCCCAUUUGAAAAUUCAGAGGGCUAUCUAAGUCCUUUGGUUGCAAUACAUUUUGAAAGGCCAGCAAAGAGCAUUGUUAUCAACGUAUUGUGCAAAGCAUGGGCGAAAAAUAUUAUUCAUAAAAAGAAUGGUAUUAACAGAGGAUCUGUACAUUUUGAAUUGAUGAUGGAUUGAUAAAAUAUUUUCAAAAAACAUUACACAAAGGUAUAAAAAGUAUUUUAAAUAAAUUUUUAUACUAACCAAGUAUUAUUUAUAUUAUGCAUUAUUUUUACUUUCACAUAUCAAACUUUGCAACAGCUAUUUUACUUUAUAUAAACUCCUAAGUUAUAAGUAUAUGUAUUUAAAUAUUAUUUGAAGUAGUUCUUUUAAGAAACUGAGUAGUAAUUUAAUUC